AUGGCGCGGUCCUCAGACAGCGGAUACGACCCUUUUGAUGACGAUGAUUGCUGUUCCAGCGCACCUCCAUCCACUAUGGGAUACUCCACGGGGUACACGACGUGCGGAACGGACGAAGAAAUGGAGCUGUUUGAUGACGAAGAUGAACCAGUUAAACUGCUACAAGGAAUGAUGAAACAGCAUGAUCAAACUACUGAGGCAGCAGUUCAGCAAUUUGAGAUCCUUCGAAUGAAGAAAAGGGAAAAAGAACUGGCUGAAGAGUCAGAGUCGGUGAAUGAUGGUGAUGAAGAUGAUCGUGAACGUGCUUGCCAUCUUGAACAGAUCAGGGCCAUUGAUGAAUUUGACAAGACAUUUGGAAGACUAGAUAAGAGGACCCGUAAGGGAAGGAGGCGAAGGAAGCGGACAGAAAGGAGUGGAAAGUUGGCUGAUGCUCGAAAAAUGAUGGCUGAAGCUACCCUGCUGUUUGCAAGAAGCGAGCUUGAGGAGGCGUCUCGACUGUGCAUGGAUGUCAUUCGCCUGGCACCAAAUACAGCUGAUGCUUUCCACACAAUGGGGAUGAUCAUGGAAGCCAAAGGCAAUCCACGCAGGGCCCUAGAUUACUUCAUGAUAGCAGUCCACAUGACGCCAGGAGACUUGAGCCUGUGGAAGCGGCUAGCCCUUGUGUCUACAGAGGUAGGAUUCCUGCGCCAGGCCAUCUAUUGCCUCACAAGGGUCAUCAAAAGGGAUAGCGACGAUCUGGAUGCACAAUGGGAUCGGGCCCUACUUUAUGCAGAAGUCAAAGAGCUGGGACGUGCUACAGAGGCCUUUGAACAUGUGGCUCAAAUGAGGCCAGGCGAUGCUGAGGUGCCCAAGAUGCUUGCGAAAUUGUACCACAGGAUGGGUCGAUCACAGGCUGCAGUUGAAGUCCUGGAAAAAUUCUUGUUGGAGUACCAAGCCCAGACAGAUCUUACCCACAUUAACAUUCUUGCUGAGUUGUAUCUAUUGCAGGGUCGGUAUUCUGAGACAUCUGCUCUGAUAGAGCGCACAGAGCGAGUGCUGUGCCAUGGACAGCUGCUUCCCAUUGAUCUACGUGUCAAGGCUGGAGUGUGCGUAGCUCACACUGGAAAUUUGCCUGAUGCCGAGAAGCAUCUGCAGCAGUUGCUUCUUGAGCCAGUGAAUGACUAUCCCGAUCUUUACAUGGAGGCAGGGGAUGCAUUACUGCGGUUGGGCCAUUUGCACAAGGCCAACGAGUUUUUGGAACAGUUGUUGCGGUGCCCAGAGUCAAACAACAGGGGCCUGUGGACGAAACUGAUCAAAUGUGCAAGGCCUGGUGCUGGAGUGCUGGGGGCGGUGGCAGUGUACAACAGAGUGUUGCAGAGCAUUGAUGUCUCGCAUCCAGGCUACAUUGAGGCAACCCUUCUUUGUGUGGAGGCAUUGAUUGAAGCUGAAGACUUCAAUGAAGCAGAUAAAAUAAUGACCAAUCUGCACAACUUGAUGAAUGACAAUAAGGUUCAUGUACCGGAGGACCGCGAUGCAAGAGCCUCACUGCUGCUGUGGAAGGAACGGCUUAGGCUGGCUAUUGGGAGAGAUUACAGCUUCUUGGAUCACAUGGUGCCGGUAAUUGCCAACACAGUCAAGCUCCUGAGGAGUCAGGCCGACAACCCAAGGAAUGUUCAGCUGCCCCACGAGUUUCUUCGGCUUCUUGGGAAGCAAGCUGAAGCGCAGGUUUCAACGGUUUCCGGUGCUGCAUCUGAGGCCACAAGUGCUGUGACUGGAGGAAGCGAUGUUGACACAGGGAUGGAAUCCGAGGCUGUGUUCAAGGGCCAUAGGCACCACCGUCGGGAGAAGUAUUACAGGCGCAGAAUGGAGGCUUGCACGGGUGGAAUAGAUGGAGAGACAGACGUGGAGGGUGGUGAACAACCCGCAACAUUGACUCUGGAUGGCAUGCUUAGGAAUGACGACCAAUUCGACAUGCUUUUACAGGUGAUAGAGGCACUUGAGACAACAAAUCGAGUUGGUGAAGCCCGAUCUCUUGCUGAGUGCAUGUUGCAAAUCAUAUUGUCGUCAAGGGGAAAGCAUUACAAAAAAGAAUUACGCGAUGUUCUUCGUCUGCGGCUGGCAGAACUGCAGUGCAAAGAUGGAAACCUCAAGGAGGCUCUAAUUCAUCAGAAGCAUGUGUGCAUGAGGUGGCCAAACAGCGUGAACGCAUGGAAUCAGUUCUCCAAGAUCGUAUGUCAACUUGGAGGCGCCCAAUGGAUCGGCAAGUUCCUGACAGCCUCACGGCAGAAAUGCCCAACGAGUGUGCCAGGGAUUCUGAUGAUGGGUCACAUACUUUCAGUAGCUGGACAGCACGGAGGCGCCCUCGGAGAGUAUUUCCAGGCGUAUCGGUUACUGCCGCAGCAUCCCUUGAUUAUUUUGUGCCUGGGUGUUGCCUUUGUAAAUCACUCAAUGACGCGGCACGUUGGUGACAGGCACCGCGCCAUUCUCAAAGCAUUUGCGUUCUUGGAGGCGUACGAAAGAGCAAGAGGAAAUGGACAAGAGUCUGCAUACAAUGCAGCAAGAGCGGCUCACCAAUUGGGGUUAGCGCAUGUGGCGGUUCCCCUGUAUGAGAGGGCCCUCCAGACCGAACCCCCAUCCGCAGGUGAAGGGUGGGAAGGCUUUAAUCCUCACGACUUGAGAAGAGAUGCGGCGCACAACUUGGUGCAAAUUUUAAAAGAAUCUGGUGCCGUGGGAUUGGCGCGAGAAGUCAUGCAAAAGUACCUCACUAUCUAG